AUUACUUUAGUUUCCACUCUUUAUAUAGCCACAUGAAUCGUGAUAAACAUCAUUCUAGCGAUUGUAAAUGUUUGGAUGGUGUGACAACGUUGUGUACCUAUUAUAUACUUGCCGAACAUUUGCUGGUGUAGCGUGAUAAGUAGAAAGCGAUAGAAUGAUCUAGAUUCGACAUAAAGAUGCUUGGUAUAAUUGUAUCUGGUCGACUCGUCCAAACGGAUUUUCAACAGAUAGGAGAGAACCAGUUUUUAAUAACAGUACCUGAUGCAGACAAUAUAAACCAUAUCGUGGUUUUUCUCACUGGUGCUAUACCGUUCCCUGAUGGAACAGGUGGCGCAGUGUAUUUCAGUUGGCCAGAUCCAACUGCUCCGCCUAAUUGGCAGUUUCUUGGGUAUAUUUCAAACGUCAAGCCAUCUGCCAUAUUCAAGAUAUCCACUCUGAAGAAGAACCAUGAAUUCGAAAAUAGUAAUUUAGGAAUUUUUGGAGUGGGAAAGAUUUCUCACGUAGCACAAAUAGGGGUUUCGGUGGAACCCAUUGGAGCUAUAGAACAACAAGCAGCUACAGUAACACAAGCCACGUCAAACUCCUUUUUAGAAUUUGUUCAGAAGAUGCUUACAAGUUUUUUGAAUUACGUUUCGAGUUUUUCUGUGACACAAGCACAAAUGACACCAAAUCCAACAGAAAACUUUGUACCGCUAUCUGUUAUUCAAGGGUGGUACGAAACUUUUGAGAGGAGGUUACAACAAAAUCCAAACUUCUGGAAAGCAUGAUGAGAAAGUGACUGACUCUCAAUAGUUCGUUUCCAUUUUGUAUAGUGAUGCGUCAUUUCUCAGCACUCGUGCUUGUGUUCGCAAAGUAUGAUAUAAUACCGAACCACAACACGUUAUACGCAUGAAUUAAAAUUUUUUAUAUUUUCACUGAAGAACAAUAUGAUGAUAAUAACAAGAGUAAUUAUGACGCUGCCACGUACCUUAUCCGAAAAUGCAAAAUUUGUUAUCUGUAAGUGUUUAGCAUAAAUUCAUUGUGUUUUUAUUGUUUUUGUUUUUACUAUAAAGUAUGUGCUCUCUAAUUUGGUUAUGGAAGAGCAGAUAGCUAUUGUAUUACAUUUAUUUCGAUCGUUCUGCAUUUUAAAAACAUCGUAUUAGCAAAACGUAAACAUGUAAAUAUUUUUAAUUUCUAAUAAUAUGAUAAGAAACAGAAGAAAAAAAUCCUCGAAUCUAAUCUAUGAUGAAAGCGAUAUAAGGGAAUAACGCAUGCGUCAACUUCCAUUUUGUUCAUAAAGUUUAUGGUUAUCCACGAAUGAUUCUAAAGGUAGAGUAUUAUGAUACGUGAGAAAAGCAACUAAUGAUUAUCAACAAUUUCGCAUCAUGAUGCUUUUUCUACUCUUAAUGCAUUUAAAAUUGAGGUUUAUCAAUAUGCAUUUAAAUAAUAAAAUUCUUUUGAAUAUAUCAA